CGCCUGAGGGCGGGCCUCCGGUCACAUGACGGCUGCGCAGGUGAGCACCGCUUCCGGGUCGGGCUUCGGAGUCGCGGCUAGCUCCCGCUUCCACUCGCUCGGGUGCGCGGGAGACUAUGGCGUCCUCCUCCGUCCCUCCCGCCACCGCACCCGCGGCAGCUGGAGGCCCCGGCCCGGGAUUCGGCUUCGCCUCCAAAACCAAGAAGAAGCAUUUCGUACAGCAGAAAGUGAAGGUGUUCCGGGCCGCGGACCCGCUGGUGGGCGUGUUCCUGUGGGGCGUCGCUCACUCGGUCCAGCCCCAGGCUACAGGGACUGGCCAGGAUCCGGCUGCAGCCAGAGGGACAUUAAGGGGAGUGGCUCUGAAGGGUUAUUGAUCAAUGAGCUCAGCCAGGUACCGCCCCCAGUGAUGUUGCUGCCAGAUGACUUUAAAGCCAGCUCCAAGAUCAAGGUCAACAAUCACUUUUUCCAUAGAGAAAAUCUUCCCAGUCAUUUCAAGUUCAAGGAGUAUUGUCCCCAGGUCUUCAGGAACCUGAGAGAUCGGUUUGCCAUCGAUGAUCACGAUUACUUGGUGUCCCUUACUCGAAGCCCCCCAAGCGAAACUGAAGGCAGUGAUGGCCGUUUCCUUAUCUCCUAUGACCGCACUCUGGUCAUCAAGGAAGUGUCGAGCGAAGAUAUUGCGGAUAUGCACAGCAACCUCUCCAACUACCACCAGUACAUAGUGAAAUGUCAUGGCAACACGCUUCUGCCCCAGUUCCUGGGCAUGUACCGAGUCAGUGUAGAAAAUGAAGACAGCUACAUGCUCGUGAUGCGCAAUAUGUUUAGUCAUCGUCUUCCUGUGCAUAGGAAGUAUGACCUCAAGGGCUCUCUAGUGUCCCGGGAAGCCAGCGAUAAGGAAAAGGUUAAAGAACUGCCAACACUAAAGGAUAUGGACUUUCUUAACAAGAACCAGAAAGUGUAUAUUGGUGAAGAAGAAAAGAAAGUAUUCCUGGAGAAGCUGAAGCGAGAUGUGGAGUUUCUAGUGCAGCUGAAGAUCAUGGACUACAGCCUCCUGUUGGGCAUCCACGACAUCAUCCGGGGCUCUGAACCCGAGGAAGAGGGGCCUGUGAGGGAGGAGGAGUCUGAGUGGGAUGGGGACUGUAACCUGGCUGGACCUCCCGCCCUGGUGGGCUCCUAUGGUACCUCCCCUGAGGGUAUCGGAGGCUACAUCCAUUCCCACCGGCCACUGGGCCCAGGAGAGUUUGAGUCCUUCAUCGAUGUCUAUGCUAUCCGGAGUGCGGAGGGGGCCCCCCAGAAGGAGGUGUAUUUCAUGGGCCUCAUUGACAUUCUGACACAGUAUGAUGCCAAGAAGAAAGCAGCUCAUGCAGCCAAGACUGUCAAGCACGGGGUGAGGGUUCCCCACAGCCUUUCCUCUCCUGGCCUGACUGUUCUCUGGAAAGAACGCUUCUGGGGCGGGGGCAGAGAUCUCCACUGUCCAUCCUGAGCAGUAUGCUAAGCGAUUCCUGGACUUUAUUGCCAACAUCUUUGCCUAAGAGGCUGCCUGACUCCAGGGUGAUUGCGGCUUUAUGUUGGAGGUGGCGGGUUCUGAGAGGCUUAGGGGAGCUGGACUUGGCCGUUACUUCUCUUCUUUGCUAAAUUCAGGCUGCAGGCUCCUUCCAUCCAAAUAACUUCCUUCUGGUGGAUAGGGUUUUCUCGCCCACCCCAGACAUACACUGUCCUUUCUCCCCUUGUCCAUUUCUCUGCCCUCCCUCCUUGCUCCCAGUAAGCCCUCCUGCUUCUUUAGAGUGUUAUUGUCGACUCUUCUAAGUGCCUUGAUCUUUGAAAAAUAUCUUGUUUCUAUGAAAUAGGAGGAGCUGGGGGAGGGGUUGUUUGCCAUCUUCGGGACCUGACUGAACAGUGGACUUGGCUCAAGCAACUGCCUGGAUGCACUUUUGCUGAGUGGAAGAAACUGAAUGUCUGGAUUUUGCUGAUACUUUUAUGGGGCACUUUGUGGCAUGCUUCCUCCCUGGUAAGCCCUGGAAUGGAGGGCUUUCAGGAUGCUCCAGAUGUGGGUGCAGGCAUUCACACAUGGACAGUCUGGCCUGGAGGUCAGGUGGGGAGUGGUCAGCAGGCUGGCACCUCACAAGGCAGGACCUAAGCCUAAGCGGACUUUUGUGACUAUGCAGAUGAUGGAGAAGGUCCCUGUGGAGCAACGACUGUUCCCGACUGUUCCCGUUCUCCCACCCCACCCCACCCCACGUCCACCUCUUUCUGUGAGCACUUUGGGUGCAGGAGCCCAGAGGCUAGCGGUGCCCGAGCUUAGGUGCAGGUGUGAGACUCGGGCUGCUCUUCCCACAACCCUGUGCCUUGCUGGUGAGCAGGGAGAGCAGUAGAGGCCGGGACAGGUCGGAGUGCAGGGUUCAUUGCCUGGGUGACACCCUUUCUUCCUGUCUCACUACUCCUGGGCUUCUUUCUAGCAGAGGGGAACAGUACCAUCUCCAUAAUUUGGGGAGGAUAGAGCUCUCGAGUGAAGGAGCCUCCGCAUCCCUGGGGCAUGUGUACCUAGAACUCCCCCUCCUUCUCAAAACCCUUUCUGGUUGGAGUUGUUAUUCUGUCCCAUCUUCCACUGCUAAUGUGUCUCCCAGGGGACAGAUGGCCUUCUUUGUCAUCUCCCCUCUCCGCCCCCAGAGAGGAGUCAGAGCCAUAACUCAAUCCACCCAGUCCUCUCCAAAGACAGCUGAAUAUUAAUGCACGCCAUCCUCAGAAUGGAGAGGACCUGCUAGGCAUCUUAGCUCUCCCAGCUCGUGCCUGUAAAGCCAGCACUCAGGAGGCUCUGAGAGUUCAAGUCCAGCCUGGGCUACUGAGUGAGACCUGGUCUCAGGAACACUCCAAAUAGGUUUGGGUUUGAGCGCUGGAGAUCAUAGCUGAGUUGGUAGUGUGCUUGCCUAGCAUGUACAAAGCUCUGGGAUCCACCCCCAGCACCACUUAAGCCAGGCGUGGCGGUGCACGCCUGCACUCCUGGCCCUGGGAAGUAGUGGUAAGCAGGAUGGGGCAUUCAAGGUCAUCGCCAGUUAGUUACUUGACGAGGUUGAGGCCAGCCAAGGAAACAGGAGACCAUCUUGGGGAAAAUGAUUCUAAGGAGAGAUAGAUUGUCUUUGUCUCUGCCUAAAGCCUUUGGAAGCAAGCCACUCAUCUUCGCUGUUUGGCGCUCUGGAGGUGGGGUGGGCAUUGAAGGCAAGGAGCUGCUUUGCUGUGUGUCCAUGAGGUCCUCAGGGAGAAGCCCACCUCCCUCACCAAAGGAAGCAGCAAGAUGGGUGCCCGGUUGGGGUGGGUGGGACCUGCUGAGUCUCCCAUCCCUCAAGCAACCUUUCCCCUGUUGAAUGCAAUAAGUGACUCCGGUCCCUUAACAACUGGGGUCUCACCGUGCGGCUGUGGUCGUGGGCAGUGUUGCCAUCUUCACUUACUGCUUCCGUUUUCCAUCUGUUUUGUUAAUAAAAUAUGUAUAUUUACUCCCGAUAUCACAAUAAAAUAAAUUAUUUGAUCUAAGUCA